UGGUCGGCGCGGCGCGGGUUGCGGAGGCCGGCCGGAGAGGCGUGCGAGCCCCGUGGUCCCCGGGCGGCGGCGUCAUGGCUCAGCGGGCCUUCCCGAAUCCUUACGCCGACUAUAACAAGUCCCUGGCCGAAGGCUACUUUGAUUCUACGGGGAGGCUGACUCCUGAGUUCUCACAGCGUUUGACCAAUAAGAUUCGCGAGCUCCUUCAGCAAAUGGAAAGAGGCCUAAAGUCAGCAGAUCCUCGGGAUGGCACUGGAUACACCGGCUGGGCAGGCAUUGCUGUGCUUUACUUACAUCUCUAUGAUGUGUUUGGGGACCCUGCCUACUUGCAGAUGGCUCACGGCUAUGUAAAGCAAAGCCUAAACUGUUUGAGCAAGCGCUCCAUCACCUUCCUGUGUGGCGAUGCAGGCCCCCUGGCUGUGGCUGCUGUGCUGUAUCACAAGAUGAACAGUGAGAAGCAGGCAGAGGAUUGCAUCACACGGCUCAUUCACCUAAAUAAGAUUGAUUCCCAUGCACCAAAUGAAAUGCUCUAUGGCCGCAUAGGCUACAUCUUUGCUCUGCUUUUUGUCAAUAAGAACUUUGGAGAGGAGAAGAUUCCUCAAAGCCAUAUUCAGCAGAUUGGCGAAGCAAUCUUAAAUUCUGGGGAGAACCUAGCUAGAAAGAGAAAGUUCACAGCAAAGUCUCCACUGAUGUAUGAGUGGUACCAGGAAUAUUACGUGGGAGCUGCUCAUGGCCUGGCGGGAAUCUAUUACUACCUGAUGCAGCCCAGCCUUCAGGUGAGCCAAGCAAAGUUACAUGGUUUGGUGAAGCCCAGUGUCGACUUUGUCUGCCAGCUGAAGUUCCCUUCUGGCAAUUACCCUCCGUGUUUGGAUGACACCAGAGACCUGCUUGUCCACUGGUGCCAUGGUGCCCCUGGCGUCAUCUACAUGCUCAUCCAGGCCUACAAGGUGUUCAAAGAGGAGCAGUACCUCUCUGCUGCCUACCAGUGUGCUGAUGUGGUCUGGCAGUAUGGACUGCUGAAGAAGGGCUAUGGGCUGUGCCAUGGUGCUGCAGGGAAUGCCUAUGCCUUCCUGGCGCUCUACAACCUCACACAAGAUAUAAAGUACCUGUACAGGGCCUGUAAGUUUGCUGAGUGGUGCUUAGAUUAUGGAGAACAUGGAUGCAGGACACCGGACACCCCCUACUCCCUCUUUGAAGGGAUGGCUGGAACAAUAUAUUUCUUGACUGACCUGUUAGUCCCCACAAAGGCCAAGUUCCCUGCAUUUGAACUCUAAAAGGAAAGCACAUCCCCUGCAGCAUGACCCUCUCUGUAUAUUUCAGCCUGGGCUAAGUGCUUCCGCUGCUUUGGAAGGCGCAGAAUGAAACUGUGUACUUGA